CUAUAUAUAAAUGCUAUGUAUCUCUGUUCCUGCAGCCUGGUGAACGAGCUGGCUCUGACUGCCAGGAAGAUGUUCGCUGAUGAAGCCAAGAGCAGCGGCCUGGUCAGCCGAGUGUUUGCAGAUAAGGAGGCAAUGAUGGCCGGAGCUCUGCAGAUGGCGGGGGAGAUCGCCGGCCGCAGCCCUGUGGCUGUGCAGGGCACCAAGAUCAACCUCAUCUACUCCAGAGACCACAGUGUGGCCGAGGGGCUGGACUACAUGGCCAACUGGAACAUGAGCAUGCUUCAGACUGAAGAUGUGAUGAAGUCCGCUCAGGCCUCCAUGGAGAAGAAGAGUCCUAAGACGAUAGCUUUCUCUAAACUCUAAACCUCAUGGAGACACUAUUCAUAACCCGAACGCUUUCGUUUCACACCUCCACUGUGGCCUUUCUGUGGGCGGAGGACCCUCGAGUGUUCCCAGCAGCAUCCACUCAGACCAUUAGAGGGCGGUGCAAUGAGACCUCAGAGACAGGAUUAAACCCACAGUUUGAGGCCUUCGUUUCCAAAGUUCUGCAUUAUUGUUUCUGUAAAAACCUUUGAAACAGCAUUUGGAUAAUGGGAUACUAUUAUUUUUAUCCAAACUUAACAACUAGAAAGUCAUGUGUGAAAUCUUAAACUGUUACAUAAAAGGUGAUGUGAGAUCGUCCCUCACUGUUUAAUAGUAGCCAGUUUUGUAAUUCUCUAAUUGACUUCAUGAAUGUUUUUUCAACUCAUCUGAAGGGUAGUGUUGACAUCCACCUUGUAUUUCCUUAAAUAUUUAACACAAUGGCAAAAAGGAGAUUCAAAUAACUUAAAAUGCUUUAUUGACAAUACUUUUAAAAUAAUUUAAAUUUACACCAUGGAACUAAGUAUACAUUCAAAGUCAUCACAGAGUCUUCUUGGCACGAAGUUUCUCUAAGGUUUUCUGUGAAAAGAUAGUAGGCAAAUAAAAACAAACUUUGGAGCUGGCAGUUCUGUUAGGAUCACAUUGUCUUUUGAAAACACUCAGAAUUAAAGUGCUUUACCUUGUGGAA